GAGACUCCGUCAACGCGCCCAGUCCAGCCCCGCCCCUCCCCCACUCUCCUCGUCCGAUCCGCCGCCGCCGAUGGCCGCCUCGGACUCAGGCCGACACGUGCCCCACCUCCGCCUGGCCGUGCCGCCGCGGCUCGCCGCCCACCCCUCCUUCCGCUUCCCCACCACGCCGCUCCCCACCCCAUCCAAGACGCGCCUCCCCACCGCCGCUGCCACCGGCGCCUCCCCCUACGCCGCCGCGCUCCUCCGCCUCCUCGCGCUCCACUCCCUCUUCCUCCUCGCGCCCGCCGCUCGGGCGCUCCCCUCCCUGCCCCACCUUCUCCUGCUUCCACCGCUCCUCGCCGUCCUCUCCGCCGCCGCUGUUGUCGUAAUCCCCACCGCCUCCAAGAGCCAGCCCCACCCUUUCCCGGCAGCCCACCACCUACUACGCCCCGCUCUCCUUCUAUCCCUGUCCCUCCUCCUCCGUUUCGCCUCCCUCCACUUCAUCCCCUCCCCCGGCCUCAUCGUCCUCGCAGACUCCGCCGGCGCAUUGCUUGCCCGUGCCCUCAGCCGUCCCUCCCGCCGCCGCGUCAUCUCCGUCGCUGCCGCCUCCCUCUCGCUAGCUGUUAUCUCCCCUUCCCACACUGUGCUUCUCGCGCUCCCCUUCGUUUCCGGCCUCCUCUCCUCCGUCGAGCACUCUGCCUCCACGCGACACGUCACCCGCAGCCGCCGCGCCCGUGCGGCCGUCUUUGCCCUUGCUGCCAUUUUCCUCUCUGUCCCGGCGCUUAUGGGACUCUUCUUUCUUGGUGGCAGUGACACAGGUGAUGAUGUUGGAGCUGUGCCGAUUGGCCAGCUCUGGUGGCUCAUCCUAAACUCUGCUGUCUUUGGCAUGGCGUUGGGGCGACGGCAAGCCUAUGACAGCAGUAGCAGCAGGCCAAGCAUGAAUUUUGCAAUGACCUUUGUUUGUACUGUUGUACUGGAGCUGGUGUACUACCCAAAGCUGUCCUUGCCAGGCUUUUUAAUUUCUGGAUUGCUGCUGUGGAUCGCCAGCAGGGAGCUGGGCCCUGCAGGGUAUGUGGAGCUCGGGAGCACAGACGUAUCAGAAUCGGUGUACGAGGCAGUCAUGGGGCCAAUUCGGCACAUCAUGAGCGAACGGAAGUCCAGGAAGAUUGCUGCUUUUCUGUUGAUCAAUACAGCUUACAUGUUUGUUGAGUUUGCCAGCGGUUUCAUGAGCGAUAGCCUUGGGCUACUCUCUGAUGCUUGCCAUAUGUUGUUUGACUGUGCAGCUCUGGCAAUUGGGCUCUAUGCGUCCUACAUCGCAAGGCUGCCUGCAAAUGGAUUGUAUAACUAUGGAAGGGGCAGGUUCGAGGUGCUAUCUGGGUAUGUUAAUGCAGUGUUCUUAGUUCUUGUUGGGGCACUGAUUGUGUUGGAAUCGUUUGAGAGGAUCCUUGAGCCUCGGGAGAUAUCAACAAGUAGCCUUUUGGCAGUUUCAAUUGGUGGGCUUUUUGUAAAUGUCAUUGGAUUGGUUUUCUUUCACGAGGAGCACCAUCAUGCACAUGGCGGUAGCUGUUCUCACUCCCAUUCGGAUUCUCAUUCACAUGAUCAUGCCCAUGUAGAUCACCAUCACCAUCAUGUGCAUGGUGGUAGUUGUUCUCACUCUCAUUCAAAUUCUCAUUCACAUGAUUAUGUCCACGAAGAUCACCACCACCAUCAUGAUCACAAUUAUAUUCAUCAGGGUGUUGAUCAUGAGAAGGCAUGUUCCGGUCAUCAUGGAGACACAAAUAAGAACCAUCAUCAUAAUCACCAACACGAUAGUAACAGUGAGGACAACCAUCACAACACCUUCAUAAAAAACACUGAUCAUCAGCAUACCCACCAAGGUGGCCAUGAGAAUCGCCACCAUGAUCAUUUGGAACAUCUCCAGCCAGGUGGAGGUCAUGCUCACCAAGAUUGUAGCAAUACCAGCAGUGAGCACGGACUUCUUGAGAUUCCCCUGAGAAAUGUGCAUUCUCAUGGCUCAGAAGCUCAGUCUUGUAAUGGAGAAAUGGAAUCGUCAGAAGCUGGAAACCAUGGUAAGUCGAGAAACCGGCGUCACAUCGACCAUAACAUGGAAGGUAUCUUUUUGCAUGUUCUAGCUGACACAAUGGGGAGUGUAGGUGUUGUGAUAUCAACCUUACUAAUCAAGUACAAGGGAUGGCUGAUAGCAGACCCCAUUUGCUCGGUAUUCAUUUCAAUAAUGAUUGUAGCUUCUGUCCUUCCACUGUUAAGGAAUUCUGCUGAAAUUUUGUUGCAAAGAGUUCCAAGGAGUCAUGAGAAGGACUUCAAAGUAGCCUUGGAUGAUGUUAUGAAGAUUAACGGUGUCAUUGGAGUCCAUAAUGUCCAUUUAUGGAACUUAACAAAUACUGAUAUUGUAGGCACUUUUCAUCUUCAUAUAUCAAAGGAAGCUGACAAAUCUUUUAUAAGAGAAAGUGCUUCACGGAUAUUUCAUGAAGCUGGGAUUCAAGAUCUGACUAUCCAGAUUGAAUGUGUCAAAAGAUAGCAGCACUUGUUGGUAGUGAUAGGAUUUUGGCAUAGAGAAUAUAUCCAUAGCGCUCUGCAGGAGCUGUCCUUUUUGAAUGUAUCACUGUGAAAUUACAUUAAAAUACAGAUUUGCAGCUAAUCAUUUUGGUCUUACAUGAGUUGUGCAGUUAUAGUUCACUGAUUUUGACUUCA